AUAUGUUUAUAUCAUAGGGAAGAUGUAAUAAUAUAUUCGAGACACUUUAUAUAUUUGAAUAAUAAAGAGAUGUGCUAUUGGUUAUAACUUACAUCAUAUAAAUUGAAAAUAUAGAUUGAAAACUUCUGGAUUAUACUACGUAAUUUUUAUCGAUCUCGACAUUUUGUUAUAUUUUUAUUUUAUUUUAUAACCUGAUGGAUGGAGGAACUUCUCAACCUGGGACUCGAUUAUGAAUCUUGUCCUCUCGCGUGAACUCCAAAGGAGAGAAAUUUCAUUGAAGAACUUACUAUUCGUCACUUUCGAAAAUUUUCACUUUUCAUAAGUUCGCGCUAGAGGAAAAGCCCCUGGAUCUUCACGCAUUUACCUAACCAAAUAAUUUUUUAUACAUAUACCUGUGACGAAUGCGGAGUAACGUUACAAAUUUAUUAUACAAAAUUAUCACAUGGUACUAUUAAUGUGCACGUCCGCUGUUACUGAAUCUUUUAUUCGACAGUUUACUCCAAUACCACAGUUUGCAGCAAGUAGACGAGUUAUGAAAAUGGCUGCACGUUACAUUUAUGUGACAUUUAUAUCAUAAAUGCCACAUUUGUGUUUACUGGAGCAAUAAGAACAUUUAAAAGAAAAACAAUUAAACUAAACAUGUUCCUCCUCUCAAAGGAAGUCAAAUAUGAAAGGGUUAAAUGAUCUCACAGAUGUAUAGGCUUCGACUCGACUGCAAAUCGAAUGUGCAAGAAUGUAUGUAGACACAUGUCGCUGGAUGUACGAAAAGCGACACGUUACAUAUUAUUUGUUUUCGUCCCACGAACGAUUUAUAUUGAUGGUUGUUAGCUUAGGAUACCGAAGCGUCGUGUUGCAAACGCGAACGCCAUGUAAAUCAAUCAAAAUUGAUUUAAGGGUCCCGGUAUAUGUUAAGCAUACGUAUAAUGUAGAUGCAUAUGAGAGAGACGCCCAGUCGUCUCUAUUAAUUUGUAUCUUAAUUCGUACGCCAAUCUCUAGGCUUUUAAUUUACUCGCGCGUUUAAGAAACGCAUUACUCACGUUGAUCUUGUGAAUUGUCAUCUUCGAAAACCAACAAAGUUUUAUAUUCAUAUCGUGCCGUUCUUUCACGUUAAACGAAUGACUUGGAAUGUUUAUGUUAGUCAAUGAAAGAAGCUACCGCUGCUUUCUUCAUUUCCGCAUUUUUAUUCGAUUUUACUCAGAAUGUUUUAAAAAAUAUCGAUUUCGCGCGAAAAGCUGUAAAACGUGCGCGAAAUGUAAAAGCAAAAAAAAAUACUUGAGUCUCAUCAGUGACGUAAAACGCUAAUCGACACUUUCAUCUUAUUUGACCCGUUGUCGCUAACGAGACUUUUACAGCUUCACAUUUACGAGCGCCGACGUAUUUACGCGCGUGCAUGAAGACGUCGCGCGGUUUCGCAAUGCCACUGUCAGUCGCAAGCCGAUCAUCGCGCACGAAUAAAUGCCUUGAUGGCUCGAAGCGGAAAUCUUGCCGUGUGUGUGAAAAAAAAGAGAUUUAAGCAAAAAAUCCGCGAAGCCGCGCGCACGGAUCGCCUCCCCGUGCCGCAUUCUCUGCCAUGUCACGCUCGAGAUAGCAUCGAGAAGCCACGACUUUUUCUAAGUCUUAAGACUAAUAAGAGUAAUAUAAUCACGCUAUACGUGUAUGUAUGUAUCCGUAGUGUAAUAUCUUUACACGCACACAAGAACUCAGUCCAGACGUUGGAGGAUAAGAUGACGAUUCAAUAUCACGAAACUGAAGUGAGCAACGCUGUUCCCUCUAAAAGAAGAAAAAAGUAUCAUACGAGUUUAGUCUUUUAUCUCCAAGACAUGAAUAAAUGAAAGCUAUCUCUCUACGGCUCCGGAGUAGAAGAAAAUGCCAUUAUGUAUUUUCACAUGGAGACCGUGUCUGAUCCCUACCGUUUAUCUUCCCUACCGUGUCUGCGCCCUAUCCUCUACCCCGCGGCCAUCGAGGUGGUGAUAAAAGAGCAAGAGAAGAAAGGUGCGCGAGAACACCUCGUGUGCGUUGUAGCGAGGAGGAGGGCGAGCCCGUUAUAAGCUCGAGCAGCGGCUAUUCAGCGGCUUAGGCGGCCUAGUGGAGUCGGCACGGUCCCCGCCGGUGGUUCGCGCACGUGGACCUGCAAGUCCCCGUGUCCCCGCGCGCCGUUCGUUGUCUCUUCUCCCGCGGUGUCUCGGGUUCUUCGCACGCUAUUCUGGCAGCCCGGGGUAUGAACAAUCGGCCACGCAGACCGUCGCCCUUCGCGAUGCUGGUGCUGGUGCUCGUGGUGCAGGUGAUCGCGACGAUCGUACCCGCGGCGGCUGUCGGGUCCCUGUCCAGAUCACUCAGCUUCGACGACGUUCGCCUGGAGGAGGACGACAACGCCGACGUCGUCGAAGCCGCGAUCGAUCCGGAUCAGUUCGGAUCGAGGGAGGGUCGGGGCAUUCUUUGGAACGGAGCCACGACUCGCGAGACCUGCCUGACUUCGAAAGGCGAGAUCGGUCGUUGCACGACCUUCAAGGAGUGCUAUCCGUACUUCAAGAUUCCGGACCUUGGUGCUCUGGACGGCUGGGUCCUCGGCGUCUACGACACGUGCAGCUACUUCCGCGAGGAUGGAAGCCCGAGCUUCGGGAUCUGUUGCUCGAACCUGAAUCCCUUUGUCACGCCUGAUCCCGACAAUUGCGACAAUCCUACCGUAGAGCAUCCCCAGGUGGAGGACAAUAAGAAGAAAAGCGAGGACGCGGGGAUAGCACGCCCUCAGGCAGCACCUACUUGGCCACCACCGAUUCCCACACAUCCGCCCGACCACACGAUACCGCCACUUCCGACUCAUCCACCAUCGCCCGGUCUACCGACCUGGUCCACCACGGCGAAACCGACGUUCAGCACGAGCUCGAAAAGACCUAGCGUCGCUACCACGUGGCCGACGAAGAAACCAGGCUGGUGGAUCACCUCGUCGACGUCCACGUCGACGACCAGCAAGUCUCCGAUCAGCGGAGACUUCGCCAAUUCGCAGUGCGGUGCCAAGAACGGCAAUCAGGAUCAAGAGCGUAUCGUGGGAGGGAAAAAUGCAGACCCGGGUGAAUGGCCGUGGAUCGCCGCGCUCUUCAAUGCUGGACGGCAAUUCUGCGGCGGAUCGCUCAUCGACGACACGCACGUGUUGUCGGCGGCGCACUGCGUGGCAAAUAUGAACUCUUGGGACGUCGCGAGACUGACAGUUCGCCUCGGUGACUACAAUAUUAAGACGAAUACCGAGAUUCGUCAUAUCGAGAGACGCGUGAAGAGAGUUGUGAGGCACCGAGGCUUCAACUCCCGUACGCUCUACAACGACGUGGCGCUUCUUACGCUAAGCGAGCCGGUGGAAUUCACCGAACAAAUACGGCCUAUCUGUCUUCCUAGCGGCUCGCAAUUGUAUUCCGGCAAGACGGCGACCGUCAUUGGAUGGGGUUCUUUGAGAGAAAGUGGGCCGCAGCCAGCGAUUUUGCAAGAAGUUUCAAUACCAGUGUGGUCGAACAGCGAGUGUAAACUGAAAUACGGUGCAGCGGCACCAGGUGGAAUAGUUGACAGUUUCCUGUGCGCCGGUCGAGCCGCUAAGGAUUCAUGCUCGGGCGACAGUGGAGGACCCUUAAUGGUGAACGACGGUCGCUGGACGCAAGUGGGUAUCGUAUCAUGGGGCAUAGGAUGUGGCAAGGGGCAAUACCCAGGCGUGUACACGAGAGUGACACACUUUUUGCCGUGGAUUUAUAAGAAUCUAAAGUAGAAGACACGCGCGUACUUAUCGCC